AUGUAACAGGAAAGCAUAUAUAAUUUGAUUCCCAAGGAGUAUGUGCCUCCACCUAAGGAACCAAUGUAUAGAUCAGCUUAUCCAAAUGGUUUGGUACCAACAGCCAGCACCUUCAACAAUCAUACAACCAGUCGACCUAAAGUGAACAACAUAAAUGGAGAUUUUGAUUUGGUAAAAGGGCCUCACACUCACAAGGGACAAUCGCAUUCUCUUGGAAAACCUAAGGGUUCAUACAAGCCUGAUUCUACAAUGUUUAGGUUGAAGAAUACUGGAACAAUGGGAUCCAAUUAAUUGCCUGAGAGGAUAGUUUAAUCAUUCAAGUAUCCACAAUCAUGCAAGGCGGCAGUUCCAAAAAAAGAUGAAAAACCAAUUCAUGGACUCAAAUCAAAUAAGAAUUUUAUUGUUACAAAUGCAGUUGAAAAUAUUCUUUCAGCUCCCAAAUAAAUUACAGAAGAGAAAGCUUGGACUGAAAAAAAAGAUUAUGGAAAAGUACCAGAUUAUUUAACUAAAAUCUAAAGCAGCAUCAAUAAUGAAUAUGAAAUCAUAAGAAAUAUGCACAUGAAUGAGGCAGAGGAGAGGGACAAAUAAAAAUAUUUGAUGACUCCUGAAGAAGUAGAACGUUUAAAAUUAGGAUUGAAGAGGAAAUGGGAAUCUGUGAAUAAGGAAUAUUAAUCAAUUACUCAUAUCAGAAUGAUUGAUACUGUUGGGUUGAAAAGAAAAAAGGAGCAAUGCGAAAAAGAAUUGGCUUUGUUGGAGAAAGAUAUAGAAAAAUUAAAUAAAAACUAUGUUUUCAUAGACACAUAGAAAUGA